AGUCCUGAGAUUUCGCUCUGUUCGAAACUUCCGGCCUUGGUCUGUCUGGGCAUUCAGGGUUAGCGAUGCGGUUCCCGCUUCUGUGGAGUGUCGCUAGGUGUCUUUGGGCCCGCCCAGCUGUCGCCCCGGCCCGCCGGCACCUAAGCUGCGGUAGCCCACCGCUGGAGGAGCUGUUCGUCCGCGGCGGGCCCUUACGGUCCUUCCUGGAGCGCCUGGCAGUGUCUGAAUGCCAUUUGCAGGUCAGGGGGCCUGAGCUGGUGGCCAAAGCUAAACGGCUGAGCGAGAAGGAGCAGGAGCUGCACGAGACCGAGCACUUACUCCAAGAUGAAAACGAAGACUUAAGGAAACUUGCAGAGAAUGAAAUAACUUCGUGUCAAAAAGAAAUAGCUCAGUUGAAGCAUCAGAUUAUCUUACUUUUGGUUCCCUCAGAAGAAACAGAUGAAAAUGAUUUGAUCCUGGAGGUAACUGCAGGAGUUGGGGGUCAGGAGGCCAUGCUGUUCACUUCGGAGAUAUUCGACAUGUACCAGCAAUAUGCUGCCUUUAAAAGGUGGCAUUUUGAAACCCUGGAGUAUUUUCCAAGUGAAAUAGGUGGGCUCAGACAUGCAUCUGCCAGCAUUGGGGGUUCAGAAGCCUAUAAGCACAUGAAGUUUGAAGGAGGUGUGCACAGGGUACAGAGAGUGCCAAAGACAGAGAAGCAGGGCCGCAUCCACACCAGCACCAUGAGCGUGGCGGUACUGCCGCAGCCCACGGAGAUUAACCUAGUGAUUAACCCUAAAGAACUGAGAAUUGAUACGAAGCGAGCCAGUGGGGCUGGCGGGCAGCAUGUAAAUACCACCGACAGCGCUGUCCGAAUAGUUCAUCUCCCAACAGGUGUUGUUUCUGAAUGCCAACAAGAGAGAUCUCAACUGAAAAAUAAAGAGAUGGCCAUGAAAAAGUUACGUGCAAAGCUAUACAGCAUGUAUCUAGAAGAAGAAACAAAUAAAAGAUACAAUGCUAGAAAGAUUCAGGUUGGAAGUAAAGGAAGAUCAGAAAAAAUAAGAACAUAUAAUUUUCCACAGAAUCGGGUCACAGAUCACAGAAUAAACAAGUCACUUCAUGAUCUUGAAACUUUUAUGCAAGGAGAAUAUCUACUGGAUGAACUUGUACAGUCAUUGAAAGACUAUGCUGAUUAUGAAUCUUUAGUAGAAGUUAUUUCCAAAAAACUUUAAAUUGAAUUGUAAUUAAAGACUUUCACAACCUACAAAAAUUCUACUACAAAUCAUUGUGUGUAAAUUAUCACCAGUACUGUUUUAAAAAACAUGAGUUAACAGUUGGAAGUAAUGUAUAUUUUAAGACAGUUAAUGUAAAUC